CAUCAUGCACUGGUCUAUUGAAACUAAAGCGGCAGAGGUGACAUCGCUGCUAGUGAAUUCGAUCCUGUAAAAGGAGCAAUCGCCUCGCUUUUAAUCGACGGGAAAAUUAUCAUUUCGAGUGUGAAUUCGGGAUUAAAGUGGGAAUCAUCGGUAUCCGCUCCGUGCUCCAAUAUAGUGUUCGCAAUCGUUGGAAAAGUGACCCACUCCCCGGGAUUGGGACGCGAAUAGUCAUUCAGAUAGAGCAGUGUGGAGUUUUCAAGUUUUUUCUUCACACGCCAGCCGCCCCCGGUAAGUCAGAAGAAGAGGCCACUCCUCGGAUGUGGUGGUUGGAAAGAUAGUGCACAAGAAAGAGACAGUGCUGGCUGUGUGUAACCAUACUGAGAAAAGUGCUGAGUGUUCUGUUGAUUUACAUGUUCGGCCAAAUUUUGCUGGCCGUUCCGGUGUUGUCUUGAUAUCCCUGUAGUUGAAUCCAAAAGGUUCCGGAUAGUACGUUCCAGUUUCGGAUAAACGUCCGCUCUCUAAAGAACAAAAGCGGAAACAUCGACUGAGGAUUGAUGAGGAGAAGCUGAACCCAGUUCAAAAUGAUUCUGCUAGAGAUCAAUAACCGGAUUGUGGAGGAAACCCUGACUGUCAAAUACAAGAAUGCCAUCGCUGGAAACAAAGCGGAAUCCAUCGAUGUCACCGUAGCAGACUUUGACGGUGUGUUAUUUCACAUUUCAAAUAUCAAUGGCGACAGAACUAAAGUAAGAAUAAGUAUAUCGCUCAAGUUCUACAAACAGCUGCAAGAGCAUGGUGCAGACGAACUGCUCAAGCGAGAAUAUGGAGACCUGCUUAUCACACCGGAAGACGGCUACAACGUUUCGGUUCUGGUCGACCUGGAGCAGAUUCCCGACAACUGGGAGGAAACUGUGCGGAAGAUCGGCCUGCUUAAACGGAACUGUUUCGCGUCGGUGUUCGAAAAGUAUUUUGACUUUCAGUCACAGGGCGAGGGUGAAGGCGAAGGCCAGAAGCGAGCGGUGAUUAAUUAUAGAAAUGACGAAACUAUGUAUGUGGAAGCAAAGCCGGACCGAGUGACGGUCGUGUUUAGUACGAUAUUCCGCGACGAGGACGAUGUAGUGUUAGGCAAGGUAUUUAUGCAAGAACUGCGCGAGGGGAGGCGAGCAUCACACACGGCACCGCAAGUGUUAUUCUCGCACAGGGAACCUCCACUAGAGCUGGCAAAUACCGGUGCACGGGUAGGCGAAAAUAUCGGAUAUGUUACGUUUGUAUUAUUCCCAAGGCAUACAUCAAAAGAGACGCGUGAUAACACAAUUAAUCUAAUCCAUAUGUUCCGUGAUUACUUGCAUUAUCAUAUUAAGUGUUCGAAAGCGUACAUCCACUCGCGAAUGCGAGCAAAAACGUCGGAAUUCCUAAAGGUGCUCAAUCGUGCUCGUCCCGAGCCGAAAAAUACGGAAAAGAAAACUAUCACUGGGCGAACAUUUAUAAGAAAGGAAUGAUUUUGGAACUCAUCGGACAUCUAGUUGUUAAAUGUGUAAGUAAAUAUUUACUAAAAAUAAAGAUUGGUCCGAGGUUAAAUGCAAUUCAUCAUUUUUUGAAUUGAGUCUUCUGAUGAAGUAUCUUACAAAGAAAAGAAGGAAUGUUCGAAAUGAUUUAAUUGUUUACACAUUUGUUUAACUCUAUAAAGCCUUUUUGAUCAAUCUGAUUUCUGGUGUUAACAUAGUUCAUAGCAAAUGUGCAUUUUUAUUAAACUUUUUAAUUGUUUUUUAUUUGAAAAUGUACAUAGUACAUAAAUUAAUAUAAAUUGAAAUAACAAUGAUCAAUUCAGUACCAAGUCCUUCUGAAACCUGUCCAUCAAAAUUAUCGUUGAAACUGUAAAAAGGGACUUCAACAUAAAAAACUAAAUUCAAAACACUGAAAGUGUUCGCCAUGUAAUUCUACGGUCGUAUUUUAAUUGCACAUUUUUUAAAUAUAUUGAGCAUACCUUCUAAAUUGCUAAAUGUAUGUAGUAUCUAUGCUGCAAUGGAAAAGCUAUGAUGAUUCGUUUUAAAGUGCAAAGUCGUUUUUCAUCUCUGUAAUGUAUCUUCAUCAUGGGCUUCAAUUCAAUCAUAGAUGUUUCUUUUUCGCAUGUGACCAGGAUGCGAAAAGCAAAAAAAAAAAGCGGAAAACAAAUUAACUAACAGUAGCGAGUUUUGCGAAUCCAAUCAACAAAUUAAAUAAUGAGUGGGCGCAAUAAAAUGCUAAGGGUUUUCAUUGUGCAAAUACUAUGGAUGUAAAUGUAACGAACAUGAAAGUAUCGCUAAGGAUAACGGUGAUAAUACAGAGCAUUUAAGAGAUCGUUAGGAGAAAAAAAUGAAGGUAACAAAACUCAUAAAAUUGUAUUCUUUUUGGACAAGCGAAAUCAUUAUUAGAAACUUUAGCCGGUAAAACUCCUCAAACGCCGCUGCCAACAGAUAAAACUAACCGUUACUGUGUAUAACUAAUUACGAUUAAUACCAGGGGAAUGUGCUGAUCCCUUGUGGUUGCAACUAGUGCUAAGGUUGAUAAUGCCUCCGGUUCCAUGCUCCCAAACAUUGUGGUCUAUCAAAUUUAACGUCUUGGAUAUGUGGGAAACCACCUAUCAAUUAUGUAUAGUGAAAUCUUCCUUCAUACAUAUGGGUAUGAUUCUGCUGAUGGUGAAGCUGUUCCAUUUCCUGCCUGCCUUAAUCUGUGUAGCGGUUGACAAGCCAGAUUUUUCCAAACAAUCACUAUCAGUAUCCUGCUUGAUAUUUAUAAUAUAUCAUGCAUUAGCAUGAGCAGCGAUAACAUAUUUACGUGUUUUUAUGGCUUUUCAUUCAAUUAUCAACAUACACUCGAUUCUUUUUUUACUCGGGGGAUGUGUUCCGUGUAAAAAACAGUUUUCAGUUCAAAAUCUGAAAAUCCGUAUAAAAAAAAGUUUUAUGCUUUCUCGACGAAUCAUGCAAAAUGGAGCAACUUUGCAAAAAAAUUGUAUGGGUUUUUUCUACACGGCCGUGUAGUAAUUGGUAAUGUAAUUGUAAUUGGUAUCUGGACCUCCGCCAAAUAAAAAUAAGUUGAGGUUUUCUGUUUCAUGGUUUAACCCGCUGAAAGGUCUUCCGAUAUUUUUUCCAUGCAAAUUGUUGCCGAAAAAUGUCUUUAACAGUUAAUCGGGACUCAAUUUAUAUACAUUAAAAAUCAUCUAUUGUCUAGAAAUAAUCUUUUUUUUUUCCUAUGAGUUUUGGGGUUUUAAAUGCGCCUUUGAUUUAAAUCGUACUUAUAUGUAUUUCGAGCGUUGAUUUUUUUGUUAACUCUGGUUGACGUGCGGUAGUCUGGCUCACAUAUUUUGCGCCUAUUUAUCGACUUCGAAUCUAUAAACGAUUCAUUAAAUUUAUGGAAUCGAAGAAGAGGAAUCCUCAAUGUUUGUGUUGUGAAAUUCAAUAAUUUUUGUUUCAUAUUUACCUACAUUGGUUUAUAUUACUAGUGCAAAUUAUAAGUCAAAUCAUUUGUUCGGAAUUCAGAAAGGAUACACCACUGUUAGAGCAGCUAGUAGCAGCCUAAACUGCAAUUUUAUUUAUUUUUUAUAAAUUUUAGCAUGACUUGGUAUUGCUUAUAUAUUUACAAGACAGAGUUUAUCUUGUAAAUCUUCUUACGAUGAACUCCCAAACUAAUACCGCCCCUUCUUAUUGGCUCGCAAAGUUCUCGUAUGGAUGAACCGCCAACCUAACUACAUACACCUAUGAGGGUCAUACACUCCGUGUUGUCUAGAGGAAAACCAAAUGUUAUGUCUUAUUCCAGGACGCUCGUUCUUGGGCCGCCAGUCGCCAGUCUUCCUGCAAGCUGGCUGCGCGCUUAUCUUCCUUGAUUGCACACAGCCAGCGAGUGCGAGAUCUACCCCGGGGCCGACGUCCUUUCCCAGGUUCUCUGUUAAACAUGAGUCAUAACUUUUGCUAGUGUCUCUUCCGGAAUACGCACUACAUGUCCAACCCACUGAAAUCUGUCGUAUUUUACCAGCCUGCCGAUGUCUGCAUUUUCAUACACAAGAAGAAGACAGCGAUCUAAUUUGUUUUUGUUCUUCUCCUUUACUGCCGUCAUACGCAUAUUUGUCCAAUGUAUGCUGGGAUUUCCUAUGUACAUGCGACAGUUAUGUGUAUAACGGCAGUUUAUACCUACUGCAUACAAGGGAUAUCAUGCAGCUACAGAUUGGUAUAAAGCCAAACCAUGUAGCCAACUGAUUGCGUUACAUCAUCUCUGUGGCACACACACACUUAGUUUUUGUUACUGCUGAGCUCGGCAAAAUCCGCACAGCCGUGUAAGUAGCCAGUAAAAUUGAAACUGAUAUCUUGGCAAAAAUAGCGUUUUUAGAUUAAACUUUCUUACUCUUUAGAAAAGAUCGAAAGUGAUUUGCCGAAUUUGCCAAGAACACAAUAAGCAAAAUACACUAAAAAAUAAUCAAAAAAUGAAGAUCCUAGAGUGAGAAUAUGUGGAGACGGAGACAUUGAUUUGGUGGCAUUUGAAAACUGGCACACGAGUUGCAUACGGGCAAUAAAUUAAAUUCUUUUAUGACUGCGCUAACCCUGCUAUUGGGCAAAGAAAAUGCAAUCCGGAAAAUGUUUCGCACAAUUCGUAGUGUAUACACUCUUUCCAGACGGGGUUAACUAACAGAAUGUUCAACGAUGCCUGACAGCAAAUUUGAAUAUGAAAAAACACCCCCAAAAUUAGUUUAAAACCUUUUAUCAAAAUAUCGGUAGGACUAAGAAAUGAAGUAAGCAAAAUACAACCAUACUAAUGUUGUUUAUGAGUAGUCAGUUAUAAUGUUGAUAAUAUGAAUGAACAGAUAGGUCUGCAAUGUUGUAUGUUGACUCCGAUAGAUCAAGAUGCGAAUUAGGUAGCACUAGAAAUAGUUCGAUGGCCUCGAGCUGAAAGUCUUUUUUGUAAUAUAACAUGAGUCCAAAAGCAAAAAUGUAAUUCGUCUCAAAUCCGGGGUAAGACAGCAUAUGCAGAGCAUGAAUUUAUUCCCAUUACUUAUACCUACAUAUACGCCAAAAAUCAUCCUGCACUUAACACAGAAAUAAUGGAAGUCUGAAGAACCAGACCCCUUGGUCUUCUCAUGAACGUCAAUACAAUUUAGAAAUUCAAUCGUUUAUUUAAUGGAAAACAAAAAAAAAAUCAAUUUAACGUUAUGAUCAAAACCGGCACUGGGCGUAUAAUAAGCCAUUAGAAUACACUAAUUCAAAGCGCGAACAAAACCAGCCAAAAGCAUGUUAAAUAGCAGUAAAUUUCGGAACUAAAUGACGAGGAAACAAAUUAAAUUUAAUAAAAUGAAACGUGUAAGAUAUAACGAAA